CUGGUAUGGGUUGGUUGAGGUUCUCGUGCAGGCCUGGUGCAUGGCAUGCGCAAACAGACGUCCAUCCAUCCAUCCAUCUAGCCAUCCAUCCAUCCGUCCAUCCAUAGCUAUCGAUAGCUAUGCACAAGCAGCGCGCCAAAGCCUGGCUACCUGGUCCAAAAGCUACACCCUACACUAACAACUCUCGCACACACCAUUGCAACAAUUCCACAAAGUGUCGGUCCACUCCGUCGGCCCAUCUAUGUCUGUGUGUCUGUCUGUUGAUCUGUCUGUCUAUCUAUCCGCCCUUGGCCUCUGUGUGCUCGGAGUGCAGCGCGUCGGCGAGUCCUGAGAAGACCAGGCCGUAGGCGAACAGGUACACGCCGUCGAAGAUGCGGUAGUUCUCCCCCGCCAGGGCGUCCAGCUCACGCAGCAGAGACGGCACCUCGAUCCGCAGGAUCUGAACCAAAUCAUACAGACACAUAGACAGACAGAUAGACAGAGAGAUGCCGGCACCUCUGUGUGUGUGUGUGUGUGCGUGUGUGUGUGUGUGGAUGGCUGAACCGCACCUCGAUAUCUUCCUCCUCGUCCAAGCUGAUGAACCAUGAACAGCGCCAGGCAGCCAGACAGGUGACAGACGGGCUCAGUGACGGCACUCCUUCCUUCCCUCCCUGACUCCCUCACUCUUGCUUUGGGUGGUGGUUCUUCUCGUCGUCCAGGUCGACCUUCAGCGUCACCACGUGGAUGCUCUCAGCCGUCAUGCCAGGACUCAAACACAGCUGCAUGCAGCCGGUGUGUCCAUCUCCUUAACCAUGUGUGCAUGUGCAGACGUAGGGAGCGUACCUCAGGCGACACGUGCACAACAUCGUUGCCGAUGCGCGACCCCUCCAGCGGCUCGCCGAUAUAGCCUGUUUCCUCCUUCAGCUCACGCAGCUGACGGGGGGGCCGCAACACCAACAACCAACCAACCAACCAAUCAGGUGUGUGUGCGUCGGCUGCACAGACAGACGCCCUCUUUCUGUCUGUGCCAUGCUUACCGCUGCCUGAAGGGGCGUCUCGCCUGAAAGCAUAAUGGAUGGAACGGACAAACGGGGAGAUCCGCUUCCACGUCCUUGGCUCUCUCUGUGUGUGCGUGUCGGUGCGUGUGUGUGUGUGUGCGUGCGUGUCUGCCUACCAGGGUCGAUGAGGCCGGCGGGGAACUCAAUGGUGUACGCAUUGACCGGCGGGCGGAACUGCUUCUGCAUCGAGAUGAGACGACGAUCAAUUUGGUACACACAUCCAUCCAGACAACAGAAGAAACACAUGUCGUCUUCUUGUAUCUCAUCGUCUGUCUCACCACGAACAGGAGUUUGGGGUUUUCCGUGUGGCUAGUGAGGAGAGCGACCACAGCCACUGCAUCGGCACCCGAGUGCGCCUUGGUGUCCGGACCCUCCUCGUCCACAGCCUCACCACGCCGCUCGGCAGCAGUGGUCCGCGCGCAGCUGCACGUCGAAUGAAUGAAUGCAUGUUGGAAACCACACCAGGGAGAGGCAGACAAUGAACGAUGGGAUGAGUGUGCACGUGUAAGCCCAUCCAUCAAACAGCCAUGAAGUCAGCACCUGUCCCAUCUGCACACACACACAACAAAGAUGCGCAGACGAUAUGAGAAGGGAUGGAUCUUGGCUGCUGGUGCGUCACGUUUUCGUCCCGAUCUGCCCGCCCGGCUUACUUCCUGGUGUUGCCUUUGGUGUCCUUGUAGAGGAUGGACUGCAGCUUCAGCCACAAAGCUCGGGCUGUCGUCGUGCAGCUCACAACGUGAGCACUGCCGGCAUGGAGAUGAGUCGACGACAUGGCUUCUUAGGGACAAAAGAUUCCGGCUGUUUUCCUUUUCCUGCUCGCUCCUUA